AUGGCAAACGAUGAAUAUGCGUAUGAAAUUAUUGAUAAUGAAAAAGAUGCAAGAUUAUGUGCACAAUUAAUUGCGGAAGAGUUUACGUCUCGUCAUCCAAUAACUUUAUUCGAUCGCCUGACAACUCGUUCGUUUUUCGAUGAUCAUUCAUGGCCAUUAUUAACUGAUGUUUUCGACGAAAAAUUGUCUUUUCUUGCGCGAGAACGUUUAUCUGGGGAAAUUAUUGGUACAAUCAUCGCCGGCGAUCUUUAUCUCAAUAGAGAAAAGUAUCCAUAUGAUAUUUCUCAUCCCCCGAGAACUCUUGCACUAAGUGAUCUGUAUGAUGAGUUAAGUGAUCGAUUUGUUCGUUCGGAAUUCAAUCAAGAAUUGAAGCCAAACACGAUUUUGCACAUUCUCAUCAUUGCAGUUCGCAGUGAUCACACAGGAAAUGGCGUUGCGACACGAUUACACGAAGUUCUAUGUGAACAAGCUAGAAAUUUGAAAGGUUUCCGAUAUGCAUUCGUUCGAGCAACAAAUCCAGUCGUUCAACACAUCUAUGUAAAUAAAAUGAAUGGACGGCAACUGACCAGUAUCGAUCCAGCUACUUGGCGAUGGAAGAAACAAACAGACCGUUUAGUUUAUCCAUAUCGCAAUUACAAUGAUGAAGUUAUCUCAAACAUUCUUAUUACACUCAUCGCUGAUAACGAAACAGAAUAG